AUGACACUCACGGGGCCAGCUCGGGCAUGGUUUAACAGUCUUGAGACUGGAAGCAUCAGAAGCUUUGGAGAUCUGGCCACUCACUUCAUCAGCCGGUUCAUUGCCGGGGUGCCUGCAGACAGAAAGACAAGUUAUCUGGAGACAGUCAGGCAGAGAAGGGAUGAAUCGCUCAGGGAAUACGUUGCCCGUUUCAAUACGGAGGCCUUGCAGAUUUCCGAGCUAGAUGAGGGCAGAGCGGUGGAGGCAAUGCAGAAAGAGACGACCUCACUCGAGUUCUUUGGCUCAUUGAGCAGGAAGCCCCCUACCUCACUAGCCGAGAUGAUGAAGAGGGCAGAGAAAUACAUAAGGCAGGAUGAUGCCUUGGUAACAAGCAGAUUUGCCAGGGGAGCGACGGAUAAAGGGAAAGCCCCGGAGGAAAGGAGGCCGAAGAGGCACGAGAAGAAGCACGGCAAGAAAUCUGAACCCUACAGACAACCAUGGGAGAGAAGGGACCAAAGACCCCUCCCUCCUCGGGUCUCAGAACAGAAUCCACUCCCUCCGUGGGUUCUAGAGAAGUCAACCUCACUCAAUGCCUCUAGAGCUGAAGUGCUCAUGGCCGUCCAGGAUAAGGAGUUCCUACAAUGGCCUAAACCUAUGAGAACCGAAGCAGAUCAGCGAAAUCCUGACAAAUACUGUCAGUAUCACCGCACACACGGCCAUGAUACCAAUAACUGCUUCCAUGAAAGCACCAACGAAGAUAAAUUAAGAAGCAAUCUGGAUGCCCUGGAGGAAGUCAGGGAGGAAGCUCAAGUUUGA